AUGGCGCUUAUUCAACGACCAGACGAUCCAAAUCCUAUCCUUCCUAGUUGUGGUAUAAUAACUUUGUUUCUACAUCAAGUAGAACGCUUUCCGUCUCGGUUAGCUUUUAUCGACGCCACCGAAGAUACAACAGUUACAUAUAUAGAGCUGCUCGAAAAAGUGAAAAGGCUUGCUCGCGAGCUCCGAUCAAAGCGACCAAUUCCUCUUGAAUCUCCCAUUGCUAUCUUGGCGGCCAAAGGGCUUAACCACAUUAUCGCGCAGUUAGCGACGGUUUUCGUGGGAGGGACAUGUGUACCACUAGACCCUUCGGUUUCUGAUGAACAAAUCAAAGUACGACUGGAAGACGCCCAACCAGUGUAUCUGAUCACUGAUGCAGAAAAUCAAAAUCGUUGUUUGGGUGGCUUCCCUACCAUUACUGUUGCCCACCACCUUCUAAAUUGGCCGCCUACCCCCGACGAAACUUGUCUCCCCACAGUUACCUACCCUAGCAGUCGGUCCCAUAUAUUUUAUACAUCUGGAACGACAGGAAAGCCGAAGGGGGUUGAGGUUUUAGCACAAGGUCUAUAUCGUAUAAACCACUGUUCUAAUAUCAGACCUGGUGACCUCGUAGGGCACGUUACAAAUCCUACAUUCGAUAUUUCAACUACUGAUAUUUGGGGUACUCUCACGAGCGGAGCUACUAUUGUCAAUUUUAACAAGGGCGUUUUAAGUAGUCCCUUUACCUUUGCCCAGGCACUCCAAAGAAAAAAGUCACGAGUUAAUUGGAUGACCAUCGCCUCUGGCAUUUUUAAUAUUGUGGCUUUUUCAUGCCCCGAAGCGUUCUCGGCAAUAGAUAUCCUUGUGACUGGAGGGGAGGCUGCGAACGCCAUGGCCAUGAAACUAGUGCUAGGGUCUAGCAGUCCUCCCAAGAAACUCAUCAAUGCCUAUGGUCCGACCGAAUGCACAGUUUGGAGUACUUACCAUGAAGUGACUCUCCAAGAGGCAGCUUCUGGCAGUAUCAAAAUUGGAACCCCAUUGAUUGGGACCGAUAUGUAUGUUCUUGAUGAAAGACUAAGCCCUGUGCCAAAGGACUCUAUAGGCGAGCUAUGUGUCGGUGGUUCGUGCCUCGCCCUUGGUUACUUGAACAGACCAGACGCAAAUAAGAAAGCAUUUGUCAGCGUGAGGGGGCUAACGAAAGACAAUGAGCCUAUACGCCUCUAUCGAACUGGUGACCUUGUCCGAUAUGAUAGAUCCGGAAGAAUCUUAGAAUACAUUGGGCGCAAGGACAACCAAAUCAAAAUUCAUGGUUUUAGAGUUGAGUUGGAAGGAAUCGAGGCUGUUAUUACAAAUAACUGCCCCGUUUCUAUGGCUGCUGUCUUAAAGAUUCCGCCUCCCGAAUCGGACCCAGGAGCAUCCAGUUUCUUAUUAGCAUUUAUCGUUCUCAAAUCGGAGGGAAAGGAAGGAAACUUAACAGCAAUAUCUCAGAAACUUAGUCAAAUUCUCCCUUGGUAUUCGAUACCCCGCCUGCGAGUUCUGGAUAAGCUUCCAUUGAAUACCAAUGGAAAGGUCGAUCGCAAAAUUCUCAUGGGAGUGUACUUGAAAUCCAAAGAUUCGGCAUUCAACACAGACUCGGAUAAAAACUCUGAAAAUGCGUGCGCUCCAACUAUAAGAAAGCUUGAAGUCAUUUGGCGGGAGACUCUCGCCCACCCGCCAUCCUCAGUUAAGCCUAGUGACAACUACUUUGCUCUAGGGGGUACUUCGCUCCAAAGUGCAACUUUAAUACUCAAAAUUCGCAAACAGUUUGGGGUUGCCAUGAGUACAGAUACGCUAUACGGCAAUCCAACUCUAUCUGCCAUGGCAGAAUAUCUCGAUAAUGGUUCUGGAAAGGAAAUCGAUACAAAAGCAGCAAUGCAAAGCGAUGCUCUUCUUUCUGAAAAUUUACGGCCACUAGACGGACCUAUUCCAGACUGGAGAGCUCCUGGGGAAGGGGUCGUGCUUGUAACAGGAGCGACUGGCUUCCUCGGCGCAUAUCUAGUACAGGCGUUACUUCGGAUGCCAGAGGUUAAAAAAGUUCACUGUUUAGUGCGGGCGAAGGACGCUACCCACGCUCUAUCUCGGAUGAAGGCAGCCUUCCCUCAGUACGGAAUCUCGUUUACGAAACAAGACCAAGCGCUCAUGGAGGCCAAAAUAGAUUUAAUCCCCGGAGAUCUCGGAGAGCAGAACCUAGGCCUCAGCGGGAGAGCUUUUGACGAAUUAGCUCGCUCUUGCGCUACUAUCUUUCACUUUGGAGCGAUUAUAAACUACGUACAGCCCUAUAGUGCCCACCGAGCUGCAAAUACAAUUGGCACGCUUAAUAUUAUUCGUCUUGCUGUAACCGGUCGACCGAAAACAAUUCACUACUCCUCCAGCUUUGUGGUAUAUGGCCCAACAGGCCUUUUAAAUGGGCCGAUGAGCCUUCCUGAAGACGAACCAAUUGACUCCUACGUCGAUGGAUUAAUGUACGACCUGGGAUAUGCGCAAAGUCAAUGGGUAGCUGAACAGCUACUCUGGAAAUCUAUCAAAAACGGUGUCCCAAUCGCGAUUUACCGCCCUGGAUUUAUUCUGGGUCACAGUAAAACCGGCUUCGGAAACCCAAAUGAUUUUAUAGGAAGGUUUUUUGUCAGCUGUAUUAAGAUGGGAACAUAUCCCCUCCUACCAAGACAGCGCAAAGAAUUCAUUCCGGUCGACCAUUGCAUUAGAGAUAUCUUGCACAUAUCUUUUUCUAAUGCAAAUUUGGGGAAGGCAUAUGCAAUUGUACCAUUAAAUUCAUCUGAAUCGAUUGGAUGGAAUUCCACCUUCAAGCUUUUGAAUAGAUGCGGCAACUUCAAACUCAAAGGUCUUCUAUUCUCAGACUGGCUUACGUCCCAACUCCCAGAAACAUGGGAUAAACGUUUGCUGCCGCUUAUGCCUUUGCUAACGGAAAAAGUGUACAAAGAGAAAAACAGAUGGGAGGUUUAUGAAGAUAUGGCAGAGUACAAAACCGAUAACACAAGAUAUGCCCUUAAAGAUUCCAUGAAUCCGGAGGGAUGUUCCCCACUGACCAAAGGGUUGCUUACGCUUUAUUUGAAGGGAUGGUUCGAACAGACUGAUAAUCUACAAUUAAUGGACCUUUUAACAGGCACUAGCGCGGAGCCACAUUGCUAA